AUGGCAAAUGAGGCCAAUCUCUUCUUAGGAUUGCCAAUAGCAUCCAUCAAAAGGCACUUUGAUCAGUCAACUGAAGUGUGUCAAGGAAUUGCUCAAAGGUUCAGGAUGGAGGAUAUUGAGACCACUGAGAUAGCUAUGAGGGUACAGAAGUAUCUUGUGAGGUGGAAGGACCUGGUCCUUACUCUUCUUCUGGAGAUAACUUCAGCUUGGAUAGAUAUGCUGAAGAUAUUUGAACUGGAGGAAAUAGUUGAAAAUGACGAUAGGAUAGAGGUGUCAAGUCAAGGCAAGGGUGCUGAAGUCUCAAGGAUAGAAGAGGUGGUACCUGUUACUGAAAUAAGGGUUUCAGAAGAAAAGCCCCAAAAUUUAGGAAAGAUUGUGUCAGGUGGUGGUGCGUUUGUAAGUGAUAAAGUAGAAAACUUAAAAGACUUUGUUGACAAUGUGGUCCGUGAUGUUGCUGAAUUGGGAAGUGAAAAUGUGAAAGUUGGUUUGGACAAUGCUUUGGUUUGGACAAUGCUGGGAAAGGAUUCUCAGAAAGGGGACCGGGUUCCUCAAAAUCGUCUGAAAAGAGAAGAGUACAAGAAGGAAGAGAAGGUAAAAACUGCUAAUUUAAGCCGAUUAAGAGAUGAGGAAGAAGUGGUGACUGUGCUUGAGACACAGGAGGAAGAAGAGGAGCAGACUCUUUUGGAAAGGAAAAAUUCUAAAAGAAAAGGAAAAUAUGUAGUUGAAAAGGAGAAAACUACAGUGAGUGAGGUGGAAAUUGAGAAAGAUGUUACUGAAGUGAACAAAGGGAAGAGAGCUUAUAAGUCCCUAAGGAAAAGGAAGAGCAACAAGUCCGAAGAGGCAGGUUCAUCCAAAAGGAGAAAGGUGAAUGUAAGCAACGAACCUGGUUCUUCCAAACAAGGAAAAAUGAGGAAGGAUGAAGAAAAAUUGAGGCAAGAAAAUCUAAGAGGGAAAAAGGUGUUGCUUGGAAGAGUGUUUGAUCCUGAGGUGGCUGGACACCAAGGAUUAGACGAGUUGAUGGAUAUUUUGAGAGCUCAACAAUGGGACCAUCUACUUGAAGGUCCUGCGUUAGCCUAA